GUCGCACCAGUUACGUGCGUCUGCCCCUCGUCAGAGUUACAUCCCGAACUGCUUGCGGUGGUCUACGAUGCCGGAAAUAUAAUUGCGAGCUUAGAAUGAACCAUUCGCGCCACGUGCGUUUCUUCCGAGCCGUGAUCCGGUGACGAAAGAUUGCAGUGGGCAUCGCUGAGGCUGCGCUAUGCUUCGUCUGAAAACAGGAUCCCGGUACUCAGAUCACGCCGACUCGAAGGUCCUGGAAACUAAGUGAAAAAGCACCGCGCCUGUGUUUGAAGAAGGCCAGCAGAAACCGAGCAGUCGACUCUAUUCUACGUACAACGAAAACAGCGCGGCCAUUGACACAACCGCGCUAGGAAAGACGUCAAGCAGCCACGCUGAGUGGGUAAACUCGAGUGAGAAGGUGGCAACAACAACAACGAAAAAAAAAAGACCGGAUAAUCAAGAACGCGUCAUACAACGGAAAGAGAAAGGGGGGAGCAUUUGGUGAGUGAAAGGCUCGGCAGCCGCUACUCGCAUUACUCAGUCGUGGACACCAAGGCAGCAUGAAGGCAUUCGGAGGGAAACGCCACACGCUGGGGGCACUUGCAGGUCUCCUGGCAUCGCUACUCUGGCUGCGUCAACCGUCGCAGGGUAACGUGGAUCCAGAUGCCGAAAGGAACGUGACGGAGAUAAUCACCGACAAGGGCUACCUGGUGCAAGAGUACGUGGUGACCACGCGCGACGGUUACGUGCUGCCGCUGCAGAGGAUCCCGUACGGUCGAGAUGAGCUCCGGUCGUCGUCCUCGCCGCCUCCACGUCGCUUCCAGCCGCGGCCGCCAGUGAUACUCAUGCACGCACUUCUUUUCUCGUCCAGCGUGUGGGUGGUCAACGGGCCCGACCAGAGCUUGCCCUAUCUCUUGGCCGAUGCCGGUUUUGACGUGUGGCUGGGUAACGUGAGGGGAAGCAGCCAGUCCAGACACGUAAACUACACGUGGUACCAGAAGGAGUUGUGGGAUUUCAGUUUUCAGGAGAUCAGCGAAUUCGACGUGCCGGACACAAUCGACUUCGUGCUAAACGUGACUGGUUACAACAAGACUCUCUUCGUCGGGCAUUCCAUCGGUGCUGCGACGCUGUUCGCAUUACUCUCCGAGAAGCCGGAGUUCAACAACAAGAUAAUGCUGUUUGCGGCUAUGGCACCGGCGGUACAAUUCCACAACAUGCAGUCGCCAAUUGGUCCCGUCCUUCCCCUCAUGGACGAGUUUGCGGCUCUGGCGGCGCUGUUCGGCAGGUACGAUUUCCUUUACCACGACCGAAUGAUCGACUUCAUCGUGACAACGAUGUGCCGCUACCGGGUUUCCCGGGCCAUUUGUCCAUGGGUCAUUGAUUUGAUCAGCGGCCAGCAGACUCGACCAAUCAAUGCGACCCGGAUGCCCGUUUUUCUAAAAGACACGCCUUCAGGGACAUCUUUCAAGAAUAUGAUCCACAUAUCUCAGGUCUAUGAGACGGGGCGUUUUGGAAAGUUCGACUACGGAGCGGACCGCAACAUAGAAGUGUAUGGAAUGGCGACGCCCCCGGAGUACGACUUGGGACGCGCAUCGGCGCCUGUGGCCCUGUUUUGGACUCAAGGGGACGCCUUGGUUUCGGCCGCUCACAUGGGCACCCUGCGCGAGAAGCUGCCCAACCUGGUGCUCGACUUCCGGGUGGCGGACGAUCGCUUCAGCCACCAGGAGUUCGCCAUCGGCGUCACCGCCAGGGAAGCCGUGUACGACGACUUGGUGGACGUCAUGAAGCGUUUCUCCGGACAGUCUUAGGAACUGGCAUUCAGACGGCACAACGAGAAGACCGGGAAGAGCGGAUUCGCUCUGACUAUUGUUGUUACUCGAGGUUACUUACGUUUUCAUCAGUGGCCUUAGAUCGCAAUUGCUGUGAUAUAGGGACUAUAGCCCGAACAAGACUACGGAAAGAAAGGUGAAACAGGACUGCGCAUUUGUUUGAGCAUACGGUGGCGUCUUUGCAUGUUUUUUCUGAAUAAAGCUUGUCAGUUGACGUCUAGCGCUCUGUCCCGUCCCACAUCUUCCCUUGGUGUUGUUCGAGCUAGUAAAAGCAAAUAUACCAACCACAACAAGCCCGACUUUCUGCAUUAAUUAGAUCGCAAGCCCGUCACUUUACGGGGCGCACUAAGAGAAUACCAAGUUUAUCUUUAAUGUUAAAUUAUUACCCUCCUGCAAUACAUUUAAUGCAACAUUUAUUGCGAGAGUAGGCUUCGAAAGCUAGAAAACGCGCCAAUAUGAAAGACGGAUGCCGACGUUCACUUCAAGUUCCCAAUCUACGACUUCGUAGAUUCUGACAGCCUGGGUAAUUUUUACCGGUAAAAGGGAGCUACAUUUGGUUCUAACAGAACCAACUACUGAACUUGCCAAGUUUGAGGAAACUUUUACUGCGGCACAACAGCCCAAAUACUAGCUAUACGCUUUGACCAACGCGACGUUGCACUGACCUACCGGUGAGAAAUUGAAAGAAAAUGGGAGUUCGGCUUACAUUUUCUCCUACAGUGGUCAAACGCUUACCGCAAGAUUGAGGAAAACAUAGUUUGCAAAGACCACUUAUCAGUAAAAACUCAUUUAUUGUUUCUCUUUAGUGGUCGCUUUGAAGGAGUUAUUGGGCUCGUGGCCAACAAGCGCCACGCAAAAUUGAGCCCAAAUUGCUGUUAAAAAGAAUUUUUAGAGCGCAUGCAGUGGGGAUUCUUGGGUGGUAUUAGCGCAUGCGACACGUACCACUACAUUUAUCUCCUACGAAAAAAAGAAUAUCUAGAUAAACAGAUGUGUUGUUAUUAGUGUUUUUAAUACUGUUAAAAGACUAGUGUACUGUGUUUUGCGUGUUAUGAACUAGUGUUGCAACAGAGUGCACCAAUGAUUUGUUGACAGUGUUUGUUUUAUUGUUACUCUUUAAUGAUCUUGUUGUCAUUAUGAAUGACUCGUUAUAGAGUCAUUAUGUGGACUUUAGCUGCAAAGACACCACUGCCAAAGUCUUCCAGUUUAUCAGGCUAUCUAAACAAGAAGAUGGGAAGGCGUACGUUUAGCCUAAAUUGAAAGUGCAAGUGAACUUUCAUUAGAAUCAGGGACACAGGCAAGGGGAACGUUCCAGGAAAACUCAAGCUCAAGCUUCACUUGCGGACGUGGCACUUACGAUGUCCCGGUAUGACUUCACAUGUUUCGCAAUCUUUUCAUAGAUGCGGACAAUUUGGGGCACACGAAAAGUCUGCAGAAGUUCCGAUAUUGAGCCCUGCUUUGUUUCGAAAAAAAGAACUGAUUCUUUAUCCGGUAAACAUAAAUUAGCACAAACAUCUGGCAUUGGCCCAGUCUUUAACGCCGCCAGAGAGGUGCUUCUGGCAUUUCAAACUUGGUUUUUCCCGCUGGUUUCUACUUCACAUUUGGCAUACUGAAAAGUUAGCUCUCAGCAGACGUCGCCUCUUUGCUAUUUGAUAAGUGCAAUAUGUUAGACUAGAUCGGCUUAUGAUGUUCUGCUUGAACGUUUAACAGACAGCACAAGAAGCAGGCGUCUGAUUGUUAGUGUUCGUUAUAAAAUAUAGAGAAAACGUACCAGUGUUAACCAGCAGCUGCAUACGUAUAGAUGAAAAACGCAACGAUUAUAAAUUUGUGUUGCACUGAGCUAAAGAACAGCGCUGUCAAAAACAAUAAAGAGUGCCACGUGGCACGUUCCAAUCUGUCCGCCCAGUUUCCACCAGAGCACCUGCACCUCGAAUGUCCCAUUUUAGUACGGGUCUUAGGGCGGCAACACAUACCCUGGUGCGACAGUCUGCCCACCGUAAGCCCCUUCAACCGCACUACAGCUGCGCCCUUACCCCAUGCUCGAACGCCGCGGCAACACCUUUGUGAUUUACAUUGAAGGUGGUGGACCGGACACCGCUGCGCUUGAACAUCUCAAGCCAGCCCCUAUUGGCGACACGUCAGUACAACCACCUUGCCUCAUCUGCGACCCCGUCAACUCGACUGACUACCCUGUACAAGCCGCGCACGCCAGAGCACAUCCACUCGUUGUACCGUGAUGUGUAUCUUGGCGUCAAGCGCUCGUCGAUAGUACGUCCUCUGUGGGGUCGGCGUUUACUGUAGAGGCCGCACUACAGGGCACUAGAAAAUACUUCUAGUUCACUGUAGGCCGCACCUCGCUCAAGGCAGCGCCAUCUUUGCAGCAGCAGGGACGCGCAGGCUCGCGAUGCGUGCGCUCCGCCAGGGUUCGUCGACGCUCAGUGCACCUGCUGACGCAGUGAUAAUAAAUCGAGUUUACGUUUUUACCUGA